AAUGGGGUCAUCUGGUUGUGGCGUUAGCUCACUUGACUAUGAAGACAUGAUUGCAGACCGCGCACUGGCUCCUGUGACUCACAACCUUUUACCAGAUUGCGAAUUUGGGAAGCAUUUUCAGCUGUUGAUUCAGGAAGAUACAGAGUAUUGAGACUGCAAUGGAUGAAAAUCUCGAGAUUCUGAAAGUCCCCGCUCGAAAGCCCGUCAUAUCAGAGAUAUCCAGAUCAUGCACUCCAGAAGAGGAUAAGAGGACAUGCCUACCCAGUUCAGGAGAAGAAGAUCUGAACAGUAAUGGUUCUUGGUCACAAAGAACGAUCUCUCGUUUCCUCAAAAACACCUUAAAUCCCCGAAUGAAGUGGCUGUUACCUGGUCACAGUCAAGAUGAUUGUGAGGAAGAAGGGGAAGAAGAGAGAAAUUUUGUCGUGGCCUGCAACCUGGUGUCCAGAUCCUCUGCACGUAUACUACGUUUGCAACGGGCUCUGCUGUGUAUGUCAGUGCGGUGGCAAGAUGUUGGCGGGGCACAAAUGAGUUCUCCCAAGCUCUGUGUCAAGGGCAGGACUGUGUCAGGUGAUAGUCUUCUCAUUGUGUCCACUUCGCCCUUCUUGAAUGAGCACUACCAAUCUCUGAGGAGACUCAUGGAGCAGAGAUCACUGCUGCUCUUCAUCCACGAGUACAGCAGGAGGGUUCAUUCAACUGCUGCAUAUAUCUCCAAAGUGGGCCACCUUCUUAAUGAACACUUGAAGUCACACCUGUUAUCCAACCAGACCCCACACUUCUGCUCAUCAGCCAAGGUCCAUCUUGUCUCCUUGUGCCAGGAGUUCCGCAAUCAUCUCAAUCACUGGUCUUGUCUGUCUGCAAAAUUCCAGUCCGAUCACUAUCUCAGGCUUCCUCUGGCCUUGCGGAGCAAGUUGCUGGAGGAAAUUAAACAAACUCUUAACUUGCUUGGGCUGCAGGCUCUGGUUUUAAUGGAACAGUAUGUGCAUGCUGUUCUGUUUGCCAUGGGACACUCUGAUUUGGAGCACAUACCAAGGGAAGUCAUGGCAGAUAUUUUAGCUUGUACAGACCUGUACAACAAGGCAUUGGAGAAGCAGAGAGUACAGCACAACAGCACCCACCUCUGGACUAAAAUAUUGAAACAGAUUUGUUUUACCACACUGACGAACAGUCAGAGACACCAUCCUGUUUUUGUCUCAGUUAAAGAAUUGCUGAAGAUUUUGGCAGUACAUCAUGCAAACACAGCAGCUAAUCAGCUCCAUUCGUGGACUGCUCAGCAAUGUGUAUGUAAAUCCCAUAUAAAACAGUGUAUUUCUACCAGUUUGCUGUCUAGAGUCCCCUCAACCUUAACCUGGGAGCAACUACAGGAUAAGUUCUUUAUGUUCCCCUCAUCUUCUCGCACUGUCCACUCUCCUGAACUUAACUUGGAAAACACUACCAAGGAAAAAGAUCAGCAUCAUCCCAGUUUAGAAAAGGCCACCUUUUCCCUAAAACAAGAGACCAAGAGGAGCAAUUCAUCCUUUCCAAGCCAUUCAGAUGCCGACAGUCGUUUUCCUGUACCGACAGUUCAAGAACACAACAGCCCUUCAAGAAACUUUCAAUAUUUGCAGAAGUCAAGUUCACCCACCACCUUCCCAACCAUCUCACAUUCAGGCUUUUUCCAACAGGACCAAUCCAAGAUUGAGCUACUUUUACAUGUGCUUGUUUCCUCCAAUGACCUGCUAGCUCCACUGGAAUCACAUCCAUUGACACUUACUACACAAAGGUUUCCGCAUUCUGUACCAAUAGAUCUGCUACCACCAAAUGGGAAGGCUGAUGCAGAACAAAGGCUCAGGAACUACAAUAUGGAGGGUAAUUGCCAGCAAAUUAUUGAACUGGACAUAACCACCAGGAUAGCAAUCAAUCUCAGUUUAGGUGCUGGACAGCAAGGUCCCGGUGAGUUUGUAGGAGACGUUAAAAAAGCUGAGGAUGAAUGUGUUCAGCGGAAUCGGUCUGUUCAGUGGUUGGACUUCGGUCAUUCGAUGCUGUUUGAUGUUCUCUUGGGACGGUACCGUACACUGCUGUGGGCUCACUAUAGCAAAGCACUCUGGCUGCAGAUGCAUGUGCCCCAUGGAGCAAGAAGUCUUGGGAGCAUCAACCUCCAUGACAACCUCAGGAGGUUCCAGGUCCUUCAGAUAAUCAGCCAGGCCUCAGAAACAGAAAUGCUUCCAAGGGAGUACAAAGCCAUGCUGGAGGAGUUCAAUCUCAUCAUGUUAGUCAGUGCAGCACAUGCUCAGUGGGACCAUGUGGUGUGCAGAGCUCUGGGUGCAGGUUUAAAAGACAAGUGUUUGAUGGAUGGAAACCAACACAGCCAAUCUAUGGGACCAUCAUCAAAUCGAGAUGACACCGUUAAGUCUGUAACAGCAAAGUACUUACUACAGCUUACUCCUCCUCUACUGUCCUCUUUGUCUCACUGCAAAGCACCAGGUUCUUUGACCCUUUUCCCAACGGGCCCCGCUUUUCACAGAUGGACUGUUAGCUUGAUGUUAGCUACAGUGCAGUUGUACACAGUCUGGGUCAUGUCCAAGUCCUACCAGUUCCUCUCAUCAUGGACCCUCAACAGGUUCUUACUCAUCACACAAGGAGACCUCAAAGUGCUGAGUCAGUCGUCGGACAAAAUGAUGCAGCAGACUAAAUGUUUGAUGAUGAACUCAGACAGUAAUUGUCUUUCUUCUCUUCAUACUCAUAAUCCACUUCUACUGAAGCAGCAGCUCCAAAAGGUUGAUGCAGCUUCCUCGGAGCUACAGGCUUUUUCUUCUCUGGUGCUAAAAAGCUUUUCGGAUGACUGCAAAAGAAUAUCUGGGGAUCUUUUCGAGCACACCAUGCCCUCUGCUGGACACUGGAGACUCAAACCCAGACCAGGCUUUCCCAACAGUCCCAAUGAGUAUGCAUCACUCGCUGCACAGAAUGUGAUUGGUCAGGUUUUGGAUAGUGUGGCUCUACUUUCUGAUGAGAUCCGCAUCCAGGCUCUUAGUUUAACUGUGACUGCUUUCAUGGAGGCAUGGAUGGAGCACAUCCUGAAACAACAGAUAAAAUUCAGUGUGCAGGGAGCACUCCAGCUAAAGCAGGACUUUGAUUCGGUCAGAGAGUUUAUUUACUCUAAGAGAUAUGGCCUACCAGAGAAACUACUUCAGCAUCUCCUCAACCUCAGAGUAUUUCAACAGGUGGACUCUGCAGUAUUAUGCUUACUUGAGCAGCCGCAAGUCAGACCAUAUCUGCAAAUGGGAACAUGGGAGCCUUUCACACGCUGUUUGCCUCUGGAUUGGCAAACCCGGGGUGGUGGUCUGCUUUUUGAACAAGGGGGACCAGAGGGUGUGUUCCAACUCUAGAGGGGUCUCAUUCCUCAGCCUCCCUGGUAAGGUCUAUUCAGAAGUCUUGUAAAUUAGAGUCUGUCAAGUAGUUGGAUCUCAGAUUCAGAAGGAGCACUGUGGUUUUCAUUCUGGCUGUGGAACAGUGGACCAACUUUACACCCUUGGCAGGGUCCUCAAGAGUACAUGCUAGUUCCCCUAGCCAGUCCAUGUUUUCUGGACUUUAAAAAGGCGUUUUAUCGUGUGACUUGGUCAGUCUUGUCGGGGGUAAUUCUAGAGUACGACGGAAAAAAAAUCCUCCUUAUUUGGGCUCUUCUGUCCCCAUACAACCCAUGUCAGAGUUUGCGCCACAUUGCCGGCAGUAAAUCAGAUUUGUUUCCAGUGAGCAUUGCACUCCACCAAAGCAGCCCUUUGUCCCCUUUUCUGUUAAUAAAUUUUAUUCUCUUCAUAUCUUUUAUGCACAGAUUUUCUAGGUGCAGCCAAGGCGUGGAGAUGAGCCAUCGCGGCUCAUCGCAGCCGGCCGGUGUGGCUUAUUACGGAGCCGAGCCGUGCUGCUUUAGGGGGUUGUUCACAGACGCCGCAGUACACGAUGAGCAACACAGUCGAGCCGGGGUGCUUUACUGCGGCACCCGGCUGAAUGAGCCAUUCUUGGCUGGGUUCUUCAGAGCCACCCCUGUCCGCAAAGCCCGACGAGCAGCCUUUGCAGAAGCUGCAACCGCCGAACGCGCCACCUCAGCCGGUGUGGCUGAUUUUCAGCGCCGUGGCGGCAUGUAAUGGAGCCGAGCCGUGCUGCUUUUAGGGGGAUGUUCAUAGCCGCCGCAGUACUCGAUGAACACCGUCGAGCCGGGGCGCAUUACUACGCGCACGCGACUGAGUGAGGCAUUCUUGGCCGGGCUCUUCAGAUUCGCUGCCUUCCGCGCAGCACCCCAACGCCGUCCGACGUGCACAUCGACAUAUUUCGUACGCGGAUCUUUUGUUGUUAUGUGAGACCGAUUACGUGGUCUGCCCCAAACUAUUAUUAUUAUUUUUUUAGUAGCUGUAUACACACCUACCUGUCAUUCGGAACCCACGAAGCUCUCGUCCUCUACACCCGUGCAAUAAAUUUUUCACAACAAACUGGGUCUCUUGCAAACUAAUGAAUGGUAAAUCCAAUCUCCCGAGUGUUUAAGCAAUGUGCAGCAAUGCAAUGAGUCGGCAUUUUGACUAACAUGAAGGAACAGCGAGCUACCUUCCCAGAGGUAAAACGAAUGGAAACAAAUGAGUUCACUUGGGAGCGCUGCUGUCCUUUACGUCACUUCCUGCUUCUUCUUGAAAACAAAUCCCUGGAGAGGAUUUUCAUGGCGGGAGUCAUUAGGACAAAAAGCUAUAUAUGUCAAAAUCAUUUUUGUGGUGAAAAAACACAUGGGCACAUAUUGGCUGAGGUUUUUUCAUUAAUAACUUACCAAAAUUCAUCAAUUUCGUGACAGUAGCCCUUUAAUUGCUAAAUUGUUCAAUUAUCUAUGCUAGUGAGGCUUAUUUAACAAUGCAGCUAAUAUAUAUAUAUACACAUUGGACUGCAAAAUGAUGGAAUACUUGACAUAGUUUAAAUAAGUUUGUGCCACCAAAUAUUAAUAGAUGAAUCAGUGGUGUGUGUAUAUAAAUUUCCAGGUCCCACUAAAAGCAGCGGAGACAACUUAAAUGCAGCUGUGGGGAGCAGUAUAACCAACCUGAAGGGUAUGGACGGGGAUGACAUGAGUCCGUCUAAUCCUUCUGUUAUAAGCAGUGACAUCCCUUCAGUAGACCCAUUUAUC